AACAAAAUGGGAUGAAACGUACCUCGCAAUUUUCUCACUGCCAAAUUCCGAAACAAAGCAAGAACUCCUAAACACACAGAAAUGGUGAGAGUGAAAGAGAGUGAGUGUUCUUCAUCUUAUCUCUAACCCUUUUGGAUACAGCAGACAGGAACAUGUUCUACUCGCAUGUUCUCCUCUCAAAGAAGGGGGCUUUAGGAAACAUUUGGAUUGCUGCUCAUUGUCAUAAACGCCUCAACAAAUACCAAGUCAGCCAAACCAACAUCUCUUCUUCUGUCGAUAAAAUUCUGCUAGACGAAGUCCCUGUUGUCACAUAUAGAAUUUUAGGCCACCUUCUUGUGGGCAUUGUCAGAAUAUACUCGAAGAAAGUUGAAUAUCUCUUCCAUGACUGCCACAAGGUGCUCACUAAGCUUGUUGAUUUUGCAAGUGAAAAGAGACCAAACAAAAAGUUCAAAGCUACACAUUCAUCUUACUGCUUAAUCUCUCGCCCAAAGAGAUUUGAACUUGAUGCUUUUGAUUUGGAAAUUCUGGAUGAUCAAGAUGGACUUAGUGCUCAUGUGAGACCCAGUGAAGAAAUUAUGCUUUCAGAUGCGUGGAAGAGUGAUGAUUUGGGGAUUGGCUUAUCUGAACUGGUGUCUGAACAGUUUCAUGAUCAGGAAGAUAUUUCUCAUCCUCAAUUAUAUUCCCGAGAUCACACUCCACUCAGAGAUGUUUGUUCACCUCACUUUGUGGAGAAUGAUAUCACUUGUGGCUCAACAAGUUAUAAGACCAACUCAAUAGGAAUGGGAAGACUUUGUGUAACUAGGUUCUCUUUGGAAGAGUGUUUAGAACCUAUGACUUUUGAGGACAUUGAGAACCAGAUGAUCAAUGAUCAGGAAUCUAGUCAAACCUGUCAAACUGAUGAAGAGCAGAUAAAACAACCUGACUCUGGUGGUUGCAACCUGACAGAAAUAGAGAAAUUUUGUACUUUUUUGUUAGAAGAUCGUUUGGAGCCCAUGAUUAUUGACGAUGAGGAAGCUGAAGCUGAAGCUGACCUUGCUCAUGAGCAGAUAAAACAUCCUGAGUCAAAAAUGUCUGUCAAUGAGGAUGAACUCCUCAAUAAAUCUUGUAAUGGAAAACAGCCUGUGGAUGUGGAGUCGAUGAACAUUCAAGAAAUGCCUUCCUCAAACAGUGGGAAACAUCAGAUUUCAGAAAAUCAUUCUGUUUCCCUGUCUGUUGAUGUGACCCCAAAUUCCAAAUUCCCAGGUGGUUCUGGUGCUACAUCACCAGAUUUGAUGCUUGUCCGUACCCCUGCCACUAAGGAGCGACCCAGGGCUUUGAAGAAGCGAAAAUGUCUAUUUGAUGAACCUGUUGUGAUCCCUAAUCAAGUAUUUAAGCGUUGGCUUAAUAACUAUGACGACUUGGUAUGCAAAAGAAGGAAAGCUCCUCAUUUUCCAUUGGUUGCCUGGAAAGUUCAGAAGUUCUCCUCUCUUCCCGAAAGUCUUUUGGAGCCUUUGAUUCCCUGUAGUGCUUUGGUAGACACUAGAUUGUUGGUUCACAAGAUAGGGAAUAGGGCUGAGCCAGUUGAUUGUGAGGAAGUUCCUCAGGAUAAGGGCAUACCAGAAUCUCCUGCCAAACAUAGAUCCCGAGAACAUACUCCAAUUGCUCCUGCAACACCUGUGACCUCAAACUCAUGGAGAUUGCAUGAAGCACGAAGAUGUGUCUACAUAUUGGAGCCUGCAAGCUCAAUUAAAAGUAUAGAUAAAGGCAUACAACAAACAGAGGAUCAUGAGUUGGAUAUUAGUUUGAUGGAUGAGGAGAUAAAUUCAUUUGAUGAGGACCUCCAGGAGAAAUACAAAUGUUCUGUGAGAACAAGAAAGGUUGCAAGGUAUCUUCUUAGAAAUUUCUUAGCUCAAAAUGGUGAAGCUGUGAACUUAUCUCAGGCCCUGAAAGUAAAAACCAAAAAAGAAAGUGCAAGGCUGUUCUAUGAGAUACUGGUCUUGAAAACAGGAGGUUGGAUAAAUGUGCAGCAGGAUAACGCGUAUGGUGAUAUUUGUGUGCUUGAGUCUCCUAACCUGAAGCAGACUUUUGCAGCUGAGGUCGCAAACUAGGGCAUUUGAAUCGGUCUCAUUAGGGAAGCAGAUGUAGCUUAUGGCACAGAAGUAGAACAGGGUUACUUCCUUUAAACCAUGAAUACACAUGUACAUGUAUAUAUAUAGAUUAUGUUGUUCAGGAACUCCUGUUGAUCUGGGUUUCUGUAACAUAGUAGAGAGCUAAGAUAAUUUACUUUGGAUAACUAAAGAGCUAAGAUAAUUUACUUUGGAUAACUAAUUAGUGUUUGAA